AUGAAUUCACGUUUGUAUGAUGAACUCAUGAAUAAAUUUAAGAAUUAUAUUGACUCUUUCAAUACUUUAUAUCAACUCAAAACGGAAAACGAAGAAGAAAUUAAAAAAAUAUACAAAAAUAUCAAAACAAAUUUGAUUGAUUCAAAUAUAUUCUCUUCCAAAGAGAUAAUAACGGUUAUUUCACGCAUUCACAAAUAUAAUCGCAGAUAUAUUAAGUCGUAUUUCAAAUUAGCCGAGCUUAUUCAUGAAGAAUAUCAUCCAAAAGAUAUUGAAAGUGUUUCAUCUAUUUUCCAUGACUCAUAUUUAGAAGAUAUUUCUAUAGACAUACAUGGGGAAAUUGCAAUUUCGAAAGCAAUUAUUAAUGAUGACAUUAUUUCAUUUAUAAUGCAUACUGAAAGCGAAAAUUUUGAUGCAAAUAUGACUCUUCUACAAAGUCCACUUACUCGAAAUGAAACAUUUAGUUAUGGAAUUUCAUUACUUGAAUUGUGUUGUUUUCAUGGAGCAGUUAAAUGCUUCAAGUUAUUAAGAACAAAGUUUCAACUGGAAAUCACUCAAAAUUGCUUAAAAUACUCGUUUUUAGGCGGGAAUCCAGACAUCGUAAGUGAAUGUUUGAAAGAACAAGAUCCAGAUGAAGAAUGUAUGACAUAUGCAAUUAUAUCACAUAACAUUGAUUUCGUUGCAUUUUUAAUGAAUGAAUACCAUAUCACAUUAAAUCUAAAUGAAUGUAUUGAAUACUAUAAUCUUCAAGCAUUUUUUGUUUAUUUAAAUAGUACAAAAGAUUUUGGCACAUGUCUUGCAGUAUCCACACAAUAUAGCCUUCCAGAACUUUGUAAAUACUUGAUUUCUCAUGGUGCUGAUAUCAAUUCAACUGAUUCGCUUGGAUCUACCGCUCUACAUAAUGCUACAAGGUAUAAUCGGAAGGAAAUUGUAGAAUUUCUUAUAUCAGAAGGUGCUGAUGUCUAUGCAAUAAAUGAAUAUAAAGAAACACCUCUUCAUAUUGCAAUAGAAAAUAAUUUCGAAGAUUUAGCAGAAUUACUUAUUUCUCAUAUGUCAUAUGUAAACACAGCUAAUAAUAUAAGAAGAACAGUACUCCAUUAUGCUGCGGUUCAAAAUAAUAAGUUAAUAACAGAACUUCUUAUCUCACAUGGUGCUGAUAUUAACGCAAAAGAUUCUCAUGGGGAAACUGUAAUUCAAUGUGCAAUCAGAUUUCAUAGUAAAGAAGUCAUAGAAAUUCUAAUUUCACAUGGCCUUAGCCUAAAUGAAGAAACAAAUAUUGAUACUUCUUCACCCGAUAGUAUUGAACUUAAAAAACUCAAAGACAACUAUUUUGAUGAUAAAUCUGAAUCUUUUCUUCGAGAACUCUUAGGAAUAUAA